AUCAGUUACCUUUGAAUAGUUGAAUCGAAAACAACUUAAUAGUGAAUAGUGAAUCCCACUACAUCAGUGAGCGAAGAAGAUAUUGAAUAUAUUUGGGUGCCUGUGAUUAUUUAAUUCCUCAACAUUCUACAAAUUAUUGUAAACGCAAACUGCAGACGGCAAAGCUAAAUCACCGGCGUUUGACGUGUGCAAUAUGGCACUGAGCAAACCAAUUGGAGCCCUAGACGUACGACGAAUGAUUUCAGCCUUUGAGGACAACGAUAUUCCGUUGCUGAGAUGUCUGCGAGGAUCGAAGAGAUGGCAAAACCUCGAUCUGUCCGAGACUGACGAGAAGACUCACAACGCUUUCUACUAUGCCAUACGAUCGGGAAGUGUUGAACUACUAGAAAUCCUCAUUGAAAAGUGGUCCGUUUAUGAUUCCAACAAUCCAGAUCGUCUGCAACGGUUGGAUAAUCUGCUUUCGGCUGCAUACGAAGAGUUGAAGUUAAAAAACCUGAAGCUGAACGAAGACAUUGAGAAUUUUUUACAAACGAAACUGAUAAAUUUGCGUUUCUUCGUUGAUAAGUCUAAAAUUAGUGAUGCUGAUGAUUGGGAAGAUUCCCGAAAGUUUUGGGUUAUUGAAAAACUGAAACUUUUAAAUAAUGAAUAUUCUCCGGAGAAUGCGAAAGUGGAUGACAAAUUUCUAUACAUGUGCAGAAUUAUUGCACAGAACCUUCACAUACUAAAGCAACGACAUGCUUACGACAUCCUGCCGUGGGAGGGAAUGGAAUUUUGCUUGUAUGCGUUUGUGUCUUCUCAUACCAAAAAGGAAGAAAUAAAUUUUUUUUACAAUGCAACUCUCAACAAACAAAGAUUAUUGAAACAUUUGAAAAACUUCCAACACGGCAUGGAAAAUCUCUCUUCUCACACUGGAUCUGACAAAAACAAAAACAGAGGUACUCCUUCUGAAAACAUCCAGGACAUUCUAAAAAUAAGUCCGGAUUUCGAAAGCCUGUUUUCUGAUUAUCGUCAAAUAAAAGACAUUUACUCACUGGAGCGCAUGAAACAUUAUAUAACGGAAGCUCUGUUUGAAGCAGACGACGAAGUACGCAGCCUUGCUGUCGACAGGGCCUUGCAGGUUAUCGGCGAAUAUGUGAACGAUUCUCCAAAAUCCCCUCAUCUUUCGGAGGACGUGAGCGGUUUGAUAUUUGCUUGCUUCCGUAAAGAACAGAAGCAAAGAAUCAUAAAUAUGCGUAACGCAUUAUCGCAUGCAACGCUGGGUGAUAAUUACAUAUUCGAAAAACGUGCGGAGGCUCGUCGAAGAAAAGUAGAUUUCAGUGAGGACUUGGAGCAACUGAUUGAAGUUAUCGAAGGAAUAAUUUCUAACAGAAAAUAUCAAAUGCUUACUUUGAUACUAGAUAAUCUGUCUAGCGUUGAGCAAUGUUCAUCGAAGCAGGCGGAGAUAGACAGAAUUUUCGAAAACGUGGAUUUGCAAAAUUUUAAUUUCGAUUAUUUUAGUUCACGAGUAGGCAAACUAGCAAACAAUUUUAUUGAUAUGGUGAAAAAACACUUACCAAAAUUAACAGAUAUUCAGGAAAAACUAAUAAGUGAUAUACAAAGUAAUUUAGAUUUAGAAGCAAUCAGAACUUUGGAAACCCAUUUAAAUUAUGUUAUGGGAAUUAGUCUGCUAAGGGCCACAAUAGCCCAGUCAAUGUUUCAUAUUUCAAAAUAUGGGUUGAAGCCCAUUAGAAAAGAUAUAAUAUCCAGUUGUUAUACUAAAUUAUUUGUUGCCAUAGAUGCCCUGUUUAGCAGAAUCGAUUCUGAAUCCGUCAAAAAAAAAUUACAGCUAAAUUAUCUGGAAUUGACAAAUAUUGCAUACCUUAAAAAUUAUACACUGCAAAGUAUAGAAAUAUAUAAAAGCUAUUUUAAUGGAGAAACUAGUGAAGCUUUCUAUGAAGAUAGGCUAAAUUCAACCUACGAAGAAAUUAAACAGUUCGCCAGUUUCGAAGUUGGGGAAAUGAGAGAAUUUACUGAAAGAGUUGAUGAAUUGAAUGCAAUCCUCGUAAAAGAUUCUGGUAGACGAUCUAAAGAAGGAGACUUAUUGAAAGCAGCACGGAAAGCUAUAGAAAAUUCAGACUCAGAAAUGUUACACAACAUCAUAUACAAGUUGUUUGCAAAAGAACGAAAAUCUAAGCAAAUGAACCAAAUGCUGGAAAAGAUCCAAAAAGCCUUGGAGCUAAUCAGAAAUGAAGAUGAAAACGAGAAAAAAAAGCAUUUUGAGAACCGACUUGAAUUAUUACAGAAAUUGGUUACCAAUGUUCAAGGUCAUGAAAACCUUAAGAAUUCAGCACUCGAAACCGUUUUGAUUGAUAUUCUAGCAUAUUUGGAAGAAAUACUGUCUCUUUUCGAUAAAGGAGCACGAAGUACAACGGCCUGUCUGGACAAAAACAUCCCCGUUCUGACCGGGAAGCAGAUACGGAAUUAUUUGGCCCACGGGAAUGCCUUGCUGAAUAUUCUACCUUCCAACCCGUCGAUUGCAGUUUUGAACAAUAUUCGUGAAAUUUUGAACAAUCAACAAAUGUUAUUAAAUUCGCGUGACUGUAGAAUUGCUCAAACUGGUACAACUUUUUUCAACUGUGAGCAAAAUGUCAACAAAAAUAUCCAAUCUCUGAUCACUCAACGGAAGAUGUUUGCUGCUGCUGAGAGCAACAAUGUUGAAGAAGUGUUCAAUUGCAUAAAACAGGGAGCGGAUGAAGAUGCGAAAGAUUUUAGAGAAUGGAACAUGUUUCACUAUGCUGCUAAGGGAAAUAGCACAAAAAUUUUCACUAAAUUUGAAAAUGAAGCUAGGCUCCUUUCUGAAGACACAGAUGGAAACCAACCGAUCCACAUUGGGGCUCUAUAAGGUCAUU